UUCUAGAAAACGGAGGAAAUACUCUAUUAUUAAAUCUUAAACAAAGAGUUCAAAACUGAGUACCAGUCGCACGAAGUUUAGCCUAGUUAGAAAAAUUGGGGAAAAAUAAUUUGGUUAGGAUUGGUGAAAAGUUAUAAAAUCGAUAAUAUACCCGAUAACGGAAGUUGCCUUUUUAUAUAACGUGGCGAUAAAAAGCAAAAAUUUGAGGUGCUUUUUCAAUUAGAUAACUUGUACAGAAGUCGUAAGUACCUAGUAGUUCACAGUGUAACGAAAAUUCUGGUGCAGCAUAAGUGACCCUUCAGAUAGUCGUGCUCAGACAGUAGAAAUGAAAAUCAAGACCGAACAAGGAAAGCGGCACAAAAUGGUUAAGGAGACAGGAUUCUACGAUAUUUUAGGUGUCAAGCCUGGUUGCUCUCAAGAUGACCUCAAGAAGGCGUACAGGAAACUAGCUUUAAAAUAUCAUCCGGACAAGAAUCCGAAUGAAGGUGAAAAAUUUAAGCAAAUUUCAAUGGCGUAUGAGGUACUGUCAGACCCGGAAAAGAAAGCCGUUUACGAUGAAGGUGGUGAGGCGGCCAUCAAAAAAGGCGGAGCAGGCGGUGGCGGGGGCUUCCACAGCCCAAUGGAUAUCUUUGAGAUGUUCUUCAAUGGCGGGUUCAGUGGGCGCAGCAAACGGGAACGACGCGGCAAGGAUUUGGUUCACCAGCUUUCGGUCACAUUGGAGGAGUUGUACUCGGGUACAACCCGGAAAUUAGCUUUACAAAAGAAUGUUAUCUGUGAUAAAUGUGAGGGCAUUGGCGGCAAAAAAGGAUCCGUACAAAAAUGUAGCCCUUGUCGUGGUUCCGGUGUAGUAACCAAAAUCCAGCAGUUGGCCCCCGGUUUUGUGCAGCAGUAUGAAGAAGCAUGCCGUACUUGCCGAGGACUAGGCGAAAUUAUCGAUGAGAAGGACAAAUGCAAAACAUGUAACGGACGAAAGACGGUGCGUGAUCGUAAAAUUCUCGAGGUAAACGUCGAAAAAGGUAUGCGCGAUGGCCAGAAAAUUGUAUUCUCCGGUGAAGGUGAUCAGGAUCCCGAACUGCAACCCGGUGACAUUGUGAUAGUGUUGGAUGAAAAAGAACAUACUAUUUUCAAACGAUCCGGACAAGAUCUGAUCAUGCACAUGCAGCUGCAAUUGGUUGAAGCACUUUGCGGUUUCCAAAGAAUUAUUAGAACUUUGGAUGAUCGAAAUUUAGCAAUUACGUCCUAUCCCGGUGAAGUAGUAAAGAAUGAGGCAAUUAAAUUCAUUGCCGGAGAAGGUAUGCCUCAAUACAAGAAUCCAUUCGAGAAAGGGCGACUUAUUAUUCAGUUCUUCGUCGUGUUUCCGGAAUCGAUGCCUCUCGAGAUGUUACCUGCCCUUGAACAAUGCUUACCAUCACGGCCUGUGGUGAAAAUUCCUGCAAACGCAGAAGAGUGCAGUCUGGUGGAAUUGGACCCCGAAAGUGAUCGUCGGAGUUACGGCUACAAGAACGCUUACGACGAGGACGAAGAACACCAUCAUGGUCCAGGAGUGCGAGUGCAGCAAUGUGCCUCCAGUUAAAUUUAUUCUCUUGCAUUGCCAGAGAAUAAUUGCCACUGCGUAGGAGACACACGAAAGAGUAGGAAUGGUCGUAAAAUGUCAGUGUGUGCGCAUUAGAUGCUAAUUAGACACAUAGUUUUUCCCUUAACCAAGUCGCCGAAAACUUAUCACAUGCCCUGAUCAUGUUUUUUUCAAUAGAUUGGAGAAUAUCAUGUAAAGCUAUGGAAUAUUUUGUAUCUUUUUUUUUUAUUUAAAUUGGUUUGACGCGGAAUAAUAAAUUGAAUUUAUUACAGUUGCAAAGCGAAAAUCAUUCUUGCGUAAUGAGUUUUUUUUGGUUGUAUUUCAUUCCAAAGUAGCUUCGUAAAUUUAAUUCAUCACUGGGAAACUUAACAUAAAAUAUUGAACGAAGUGAAAAAGUAAAAAAUGGUAAAGCUGGCAUAAUUAGUUUCCGUUGUUAGUUUUUAUCAUUUCAUAUUUCUGAUUAUUUAGUACAUCAAAUGAAAAACCCGAUUUAAUAAACUACAUACCUGCAACCUAAUUUAUUUUUCCAAUUCCUGCUAAAACAGCACAUAAGCUCUAAAACAACAGUAGCAAGAAACAGCAAAUAGUAAGAUUAAUAAGAUUGUACAUGAUACACUGUAAUCAACAGGAUUUAAAAAUUCAACUACUAGUUAAAAGAAUAUUUAAUGGAAAACAUGCAACAACUAUACCGCAAAGUAUGAAACAAGUAAAAUCUGUUUUGAAUAUUCUGCCUUUAUUUGAAAGGGGAUUAACUAAAAAAAAUAAAACAUUUUAUGAUUGUCAACUUCCGUAAAUAGAGAAUUCUUUUUGU